CCCGUCGGCCAACUGUCAGAUCAGAUUAGCGUCAUAUCGCGUGUGUACAUGUAAAAUGGGAGGGACACACACGUUCGAAACAUCAGAGAUUUUUAAUGUUUUUCAUUCCAUAAUCCAUUUUCAAGCAGGACGUCAUUUUUCCGGCCCUGCGUCACGUCAUCCGCCCCACUGCUUGAUCGCAGAUCAUGCCCCACACAGGUCAGGCCGGAGUCAAUCAGUUGGGUGGUGUUUUCGUUAAUGGACGGCCUCUACCAGAUUACGUUCGCCGACGGAUCGUUCAGCUGGCGCUCCUCGGUGUCCGUCCGUGUGACAUUUCACGACAAUUGCUCGUCUCUCACGGAUGCGUUUCUAAAAUACUCACGCGUUUUUAUGAAACAGGAUCAAUCCGGCCCGGAUCGGUUGCUGUCAACAACAAGCACAAGAUCGCGACGCCUAGCGUCGUGCGGAAGGUUCUCCGACUGAAGAGCGAACGGCCGUCGCUCUUCGCUUCUGAGAUUCGCGAAGCUUUGCUGAGCCAACGCAUUUGCGAUCCAGGUCAGGUGCCAUCGGUUUCAUCCAUUAAUCGAAUCCUCCGCGAGGCUGCAUCCGCCUCCAGUUCUUUAGCGGCUGAAUGGCCCGGUCUAAUGGUAGGUCAUCACAUGCAGCAGCUUUUCAUCAGCAAUCAAUCAGCAACGCUCCAGCAACAACAACAACAUCAAGCGUUGCCUGGAACUGCACAGCCAUCCGCCGGACUUUCAAAUGUGCAUCAAUUGGAUUUGCCGAUUCCAUCGACAUCGGCCACAUCGUCCAGUUACGAUCCAGCGCCAUUAGAUUGUAGUAGCAGCAAGCGGACAUCUGACGUUCAUCCAGCCGAUCCACCUCCAGUCGCGCAAUCUCAAACUGUUAAACGUAAAAAGAUUUCGUACGCCAUCGAUGAUCUGCUGAAAAAAGACGACAGUUAAAAGCAAAUCAAUGAGUCAUUCUUCGUAAACGUUACCUCUAGUCAUUAGAAGACUUUGUUUUUUAGUUUUCUUUAAAACAAUAACGAAAUCUAGUUCAGUAUUUCGUCACUGCAGCCAAAAAAAAUUAAGUCACAUUCUCUUUUUUUGUAUUUUUUUUUUUGUGUGUUUGAAUGUUUUGACCACGAAAAGAAAAAGGGAGAUAAAAAAAGUUGAUGAUAA